AUGAUCGGGUGGGCAAGAUCAAUCGUGGGGGUGAAGCCAAACGGGUGGAGAGUCCCCCGAAAGUGGUUUCCAACGGCCGCAGAGCAGAGGAGGCUGUUCGGGUCAAGCACCCCACCGGAUGAGGUGACCAGAAAAAUCAUCAUCGAGAGUAACUACGGACACAUAAAACAGAUGAAGAGCCAGGAAUUGAGGGUCCUCUCAGAAAAUUGCAGCAACAAAAGAAUUCGUGACGUAGUUCUAUGGAGUGAGAUAUCCAGAAAUGCUAUUGACAGAUGUGAUGAAUUUAAAUACUUCGAUGCACUACUACUGUUGAGCUCGUUUGAAAAAAUGAACCUGGCAGAUGAUAAUUUAUACAAAACAUUUUCUCAUGUCUUUGUAAAGCAAAUAAAUCAUAUGGAGCCCAGGCACUUCAUCCUCCUCAUUAACUUGUACUGCAAAGCAAACCUAUUUCCACGGGUAUUAUUUGUCCAAGUUUUUCAUGCCAUUGUUAGAUACUGUUCUAAAUUUUACCCAGAGGAGUAUGUGGAUUUGCUGACCUGUUUUGCAAGCUUAAAUAUCUCCAACGUGGAUUUGAUCAGGACUUUGUGCAAGUCCAUGGUGAAGAAUGUAAACCUGUUUGACUACAGCAACCUGUGUUGUAUUGUUGGUUGUCUGCGACGCUUGGACGUUCAUGAUGAUGUAAUUUAUUACGUAUUCGAUGAGAAACAACAGAAGGAGUUAAAAUUGCUAACCACACAGGAGCUGUUCGAUUUAAUGAAAAAGGUGAAGCUACUUAAAUACAGUUGGGAGUUGUAUGAAAAAGAUUUACUAGAAGAAUUUUUAAUGCGCAUUGAAAACUUCCAGGGGGAGAAGGACAUAAACCAACUGGAAGAUCCCUUCGUUUGUUUAAAUUUCCUGGUAUCCAAACAGUGCGUAAGAAACAAUUUUCUCAUCGCGCUUAGCAAAUGGUGUGCCUCGCAUGUCUAUGAGUACCCUUCAAGGUCCGCCAAACGACCCCUGGCAUACCAACUCAUUAUGCUAUACCAACUUAUGAAAGAACACGAUGUGAAAAAUUAUAAUUUUAUUGAAAAGGCUAUCCAUAGGUUUGUCAUAAGUAGAGGGGGGUUGGCUGUCAAUAGGGAUAAGAUGAUAAAGCCAGUUUCCUACCAGAAGGGACGCAAGUAUAUCUUUACUCGGGACCCCCUCGAGGGGUCUCCCGCGGCGCAAGUGGACUCAUCAAGCGACCCUCUCCUGGAUCAACCAACAGAGGAGGAUUCCCAUUUGCAUGAGGAUAUACCGCACGGGAUGAGUGAAGGUGAUGAAUAUACCUCUACACUUCGCUACUCCAACCCGGAGGAGCCCACCCCUUUGACGGAAAAACAACGGUCCAUCACGCUCAGCCUGGGGAAAGGCACCGAGUGUAAGAAACCAUCAAUCCAUUCGCACGGACGGCACUUCAACUUUAAGCUGCGGCAACGGCCGAAGCGCGUGAAAAAUGGGGCCGUCCCGGUUGAAACGUGA